AUGGGAGCUGGCGGCGCAAUUGCACCCACCUCCAAUGUUCUCGGGGGCCAGUCUUUCCCGCUGGUGACUUGGUACAAGGACCCUGGUCUACGUAAACUUUACGCGUUGCUUGCUACUGUUAUUCUGGUCUCUGCUACCAAUGGUUUCGAUGGGAGCAUGAUGAACGGAUUGCAGACUGUUGUUAAUUGGAAGGAGUACUUCGAACCAAGCCCAGCUAUGAGAGGACUUCUCAACGCGAUCAUGUCUGUGGGUUCGAUGUGUGCGAUUCCCAUCUCACCAUGGCUAGCGGACUGGAGAGGCAGGAGAGUUGCCAUUAUCAUUGGUGUGUUGAUAAUGUUUGUCGGUGUGGCGCUUCAAACUGCGAGUGUGGCGUUAGGGAUGUUUAUUUUCUCCAGGUUUUUGAUCGGUUUUGGAAUUUCACUUGCACAUGGUGCUGCUCCUCUUUUGGUAACUGAGCUUGCUCAUAUGCAGCACCGUGCUCGUAUCACAUCUCUCUACAACACUACCUGGUAUCUUGGUUCUAUUAUCGCUGCCUGGACCACCUAUGGUACUUUCCGUAUCGACAACACCUGGUCCUGGCGUAUUCCCAGCAUUCUCCAAGCCGCCCCCGCCGCCGUAAUGUUGACCUGCAUCUGGGCCGUUCCCGAAUCCCCACGUUGGCUCAUUUCACGAGACCGCCAUGAUGAAGCCCUGGAGAUCCUCGCUCGCUGCCAUGCAAACGGUGAUCGCAACGACGAGCUCGUCAAGUUCGAGUUCACCGAGAUCAAGGAGACCAUUGCUCUCGAGUCCGAGUUUGCGAAGCGUGGUAUCUCUGAACUGUGGUCGACCAAGGGAAACCGUCAUAGGAUGACAAUUUGUAUCUGCGCUGGACUGUUCUCGCAACUGUCUGGUAACUCGCUGGUCUCGUACUAUAUCGGUGAUAUUUUAGAACAGGUGGGCAUCGAGGAUAGUGAGACACAGAACUUAAUUAAUGGUAUCUUGAUGAUCUGGAAUAUGAUUGUUGCUGGGUCUAUGGCGUUCGCUGUAGAUAAGGCAGGUCGUAGGCCUCUGUUUUUGGGGUCAACCUUUGGGAUGAUGAUUACAUUUGUUGCCUGGACCAUCGCCUCUAAGUUUGCAGUUGAGCAGAAGAGUAGUGCUGCAGGGAGCGCAGUUGUGGCCAUGAUUUUUAUCUAUUAUACUUGUUAUAAUAUGGCUUGGUCUGGGUUGUUGAUUGGGUACACGGUCGAAAUUCUUCCAUAUGAGAUUCGUGCUAGAGGAAUGGCAGUCAUGUUCUUAUUCGUUAACUUGGCACUGUUUUUCAAUAACUAUGUCAACCCUGUAGCCCUCACCGCGAUCAGCUGGAAGUACUACAUUGCAUACUGUUGCUGGCUGGCUGUCGAACUCACUGUCGUCUACUUUCUUUUUGUCGAAACCCGUUACACACCGCUUGAGGAGAUUGCUAAAUACUUUGAUGGCGAAGAGGCCCGUGUUGGUGGAGAUGCUGCCCCAGAGUACGCUAGGCAAGUUCUUGGCGCACUUGAGGAGAAGGGCGCGGUUGAAAGAGUUACCAGCUCCUACUCACAUCCUGAGAAGGUGUAA